CCUCACUGGCCCCCUUAAAAAAAAAAAAGAGAGCAUUUUUCUCUCUCAAAACCCUUCUUCAACCUCCUCGCCCCCUCCUCUCACGCCCAUGAUUACAGAUCAGGACGCACCAACCAUUUGAGCUUUUUCUGGCCUUCCUCACGCAUCAAGCUGAGGUCUUCCGCAGUUUCUUCGGCUUGAUAUUUACGUCCUUGAGUUCCAAUGGCCACUGUGGGUUCUUCUUCCUCGUCAAAGGUCUGCUACAAUUCCGAGUGUAAAGAAUUGAAGUCAGACAGACCUAAGAAGGGUUGGAGACUCCGUACUGGAGACUUCGCUGAGCUCUGUGAUCGAUGCGGUUCUGCUUUUGAGGAAGGAAGGUUCUGUGACAUUUAUCAUUCAAAAGCUUCUGGUUGGAGGACUUGUGAGACAUGUGGGAAGGGGAUUCACUGUGGGUGUAUCGUUUCAAGUACAGCCUUUAUGAUGUUGGAUCCUGGAGGCAUUGAAUGCAUUGCAUGUGCCAGGAAGAGUAUUAUUUUGCCACCUAGUCUACCUUGGUCACCACCUUUUUCUCUUCAAAGUCGUUUUAGAGACCUGUCUUCAAAAAAUUGGAGUCAGUUAGCUGGAUCUGGUCCUGUACCAUGGAAGCAAGCUCCCAGUUUGUUCAAUACAAAUUCUUCAUCUGACCGGCACCCGGAUAUGCCAUCUGUAGUUGAAAUAUCUAGUGUUGACAAUAUUUAUGGAAAUGAGAGGAUAUCUGCCUCAUCUCUGGAAAAGAAAAGUGACGAUCUUUCUGGAAUACCAGCUAAUUGGAAUGUAAAGAUUGGCACACGGGAAAUGAUGUUUAUAAAUGGAAUGCGGAAUGAUGAAAAGUCUAGUUCAUGCUUGAAUAUGUGCCAGCAAACUUCUCUGAAGGAGGAUUCAUCAACCCAACCAUUUGGUCUGACUGUACCUUAUGCACAUCAAAAUGAAAGAAAUGGUCAAAUUGGGGUAACUGGAAGUCAUCCACAACAAACUCCUCCACCUCCCCAUGGAAAGCAAUUUAGUGGCCCUGUACACGUUGCACUUGAUUCAUCAGGUGAAUCACAGGCACGAAAUGGACGGCCCAGAGGAGACGCCCGAGGAAGGAACCAGCUAUUGCCCCGGUACUGGCCCCGGUGCACUGAUCAGGAGCUACACCAGAUAUCUCUCGACUCUAAUUCUGUUAUAACUCCAUUGUUCCAAAAAACGUUGAGUGCUAGUGAUGCUGGGCGAAUUGGGCGUCUAGUGCUACCAAAAAAAUGUGCUGAGGCCUACUUUCCACAAAUUUCUCAGCCUGAAGGGUUGCCACUUAAAAUCCUUGAUGCAAAAGGCAAGGAAUGGAUAUUUCAAUUUCGCUUUUGGCCCAACAAUAACAGUAGAAUGUAUGUUUUAGAAGGCGUAACUCCAUGCAUACAGUCCAUGCAAUUGCAAGCUGGUGACACAGUAACAUUUAGUCGGUUGGAGCCAGAGGGGAGGUUGGUCAUGGGAUUUCGAAAGGCUUCAAGUGCUACCCAAUCUGAUCAGGACAACGAAACAACCAAGACUGGAAAUGGAUAUUCUACACACGGUGAUGUUAGUAGUGCAAAAUUAAUCUUGAU